AUGUCGGAAGAGGACAAGCUUGCCCAAGUCUGCGAGGUGUGCCACCUUGAUGUGGAGGCUGCGCGCCAUUUGCUGGACGCGUGCCAGUGGAACGUGGAGGAGGCCUUGACGCUGCAUUUUGCUGGGGAUGCCCUCACUUCGCAGUCUCAGGCCAGCGUGCAAGGGCCCAGCUCUGCAACAAGCAGCAGUCGGCCUGGACGUUCCGAAAGCUCUGACGCCACGCCGACUGCGGCAACGGAGCGAGUGGGCUUCUUGGGCUCCCUCGGCAAAGUUGUCGCUGCUUCGGUCCAGGCCUUCACUGGCAUCGCCUCUGAGGACUUUGACCAGUGGUUCCUGGACCGUUUUGGACAGCCCGUGCCGGCUUUCUGCAAGACGACCUUCGGCGACGCCGUGCAGCGCGGGCUCAGUGAGGGGAAGCUGGUGAUGGCAUGGUUUCACGAGGCAGAGGGACCGGCGACGGAGAAAUUCUGCAGGGAGCUGCUCCAGAAUGAGUUGGUGCUGGCCAUGCUGCAGGAUACCUUUCUCCUGUGGGCUGGCGAUGUUUGCCGUUUUGAGCCUUCGCAGAUAGCGAGGCUGUUCGGGCUAACGAAGUUUCCGAGCCUGGUCUUGCUCCAGCCCCUGGCCAAUGGCUUCGGCACAGACUUUUUGUGCGUCGAAUGGCCCCUGGGAACUUUUUGCCAGCCACUACAUCGCUGUUUGCCCGAGCAAGAUGGGUCUGCACCCGACAUCGACCUGGCCAUAGCAACCCUCACGACGACUUCGCAGGACUUCCUGGAAGAGGUGCAGAUGGAGCAGGAAGGCAUGUUGUCUCAGCCGCACCUCGAGGAGCAGCGCCAGCGACGCACCGCUCAGCUGACGGAAGCUCGGCAGCUGCGCGAGCAGCAGGACCGCGAGUACGAAGAGGCACUCCUCCAGGACCAGCUCGCGGCGGUGCGCCGCGCCGAGGGCGGCGAGGAGGCAGAGGCCCUGCCAGCGGUGGAUGCAGCCGCAGAGGCAGAGGCUGCGGCCGAAGCAGCGCGCGCGGCCGAGGAAAAAGCCGCAGCGGAGGAGGCGGCGGCAGCUGCCAAAGCAGCUGCCAAAGCAGCUGCCAAAGCAGCGGAAGCGGAGGAAGAGGCGAGAAGGCAGCGCGGAGCCGAAAUUCUGGCAGCUCCAGAGCCUGCCACUGGUGCCGGGCCCACAGCAAGGAUCCGGCUCCAGCUGCCCUCGGGAGAGCGCCUGCAGCGCAACUUCCGCGCAGACCAGAGCUUGGAGGAGGUCUACGAGUGGGCCCACUGCUGCCGCCCGCAAGCAAAGCCGAAGUGCUUCGAGCUUUGCAUCAGCUUUCCUGCAAGAACCUUGACUGAGCGGUCAUCUACCCUCAAGGAGUUGGAUUUGGUGCCCAGCGCUGCGCUGGUUCUCCGUGACGCGGAUAGCUGA